AAUGCCUUCGUAGAAGAUUUUCGACCAUUGUUUCCUGUUGGGGAGUGAUAUUAUAAUGUUCAAACUAAUCACUUCUGAGGAGCCCGUGUGAAUUUCCACGAUACUAAAGAAAAGUCACUGCAGUAGGUGACUCAAUUCCACGUUUGAUUUUUCUAAAAUGCUCUCCAAGCUAGUGGGAAGAAAUAGUGGGCACCUGGUAUCAGUUUUAUAAUUGGGUUUUUCCAUGUGAGAAUGGGAAUUUUGUGCAGACUCGAUUAAAAGGAGUGUCCUCCUGUCCCUCGCCCAUCAGACAGAUGCACGCGGGUGCCAGCAUGCUGACGUACCUGCUCCUCUCCUCUUUGCUGCUCGCUGUGCAAGCCCACUAUUGCCAAGUCAGCGAAAUUAUCCGCUUUACAAAUCGUCUGCUUGCUGGCCACGAGCUCUCCUGCUUUGUGGAAGGAACCGAGCGCCUCAUGGAAAACAACGUGGAGCCCAAGGAGAUCCUUCGGCUCCUCAACCAGUCCUUCCAAAUUCAGCUGGAGAGAAAGUUCUGUGGACACCUCUCGCGCAGUAGUCGUUGCCAGUCCAGAGACAAGGGGAAUGUGAAGGAAUUUCUGACUACGAUCCUGAAAACCUACCAAGCCAUUAAGAAAAGUAAAGCUUGA